AUGUUAAAAUCAUUAUUUAUCAGAAAUUCUAUACAAUACCUUCUCCUAAAAAAAGAAAAAUUAAUUUAUUUGCGGGUUUUUCAAGCUUACCAAUGUAGCAGCAAACCAAAUUAUAAAACAACUCAACCAAUUAUUUGGGAUGAAUUUUUUCAAAGAGAAAGUGAAGUUGCUGACAAAACAAAGGAAGCUUUUCUUCAAUGCGUUAAACUUUUUGUCAUGUCAAGAGGAAAAAGAGGAGGCGGACAAGUAGAAUUCAUUAAUGCUGGAAGGAAUAAUAUGAAAGCAUUUGGAGUCCACAAAGAUUUGGAUGUUUAUAAGGAAUUAUUAAAAGUCUUUCCUGAGGGAGAUUUUGUACCGGAGAAUCCGCUUCAGAGAGCAUUUUGGCAUUAUCCCUUGCAUCAAGAGUGUGCUAUAAAAUUAAUGGACGCAAUGGAAGCUAAUGGAGUCCUUCCUGACAAAGAAAUACACGAUAUAAUGGAAAAACGUUUUGGUACUUGGGGUUAUGCUACAAAAAAGGUUAAAAGGCAGUUGUAUUGGCUACCAAAAUUGAAAUACACAAACCAUUAUUUGGACAGACGAUUAGUCGAAGGAAAGAAAUUGAUGGAUGUUGAAUUAGCUCGAGUUGCCCUAAAAACAAUGUGUAGAGAUGCUGGGACUCAGAUAACAAGCUUCAAGGCUCCUUUCCUCGAAGUUCAAGACCGUUUUAAUUGGGUUGUGAGUGCUCAAAGUCCUUUACAAAAAAAAUUAAUUUGGGAUUUACCAGACAAUUGUACAUGUUAUGUUGAUGGACCUUUUCGCGUUUGGGUUAGAGAGCGAAUGUUAAAUUAUCUUGUACUGAGUGCCCCACCAACUAUUAGAGAGGAUGAGGAAUGGGUAGAUUUACGUACUUCACACAAUGUAGAAACGCCAGAAGAGUUGCAUAAACGUUUAUGGGAUGAAGGUCCUCAAAUUAAUGUUCAUCAGCAAUCGGAUCAAACAAUUUUGGCAUUGGCUGUUUUGGGGAUUCAUAGCAAUGAAUAUGCUUCUGUUUGGCUCAACCAUUUACAUGAAGAAAACAGGAGGUUAUACAAUAUUAGUGUUGUGUUCCGGUUGAAGCAAAUUCCAAAAGGCGUUUUCAAAUUUCAAAGAGAUCCAACAGGAUAA